CAAAAAUCGAAGAGGGCUAAUUUCAUGCCCGCUGUCAUUCUUCUCUUUUUAGUUGUUUGUAAAUAAAGUAAAUCACGAUCGACGAUGGCGGACACGCUGGAGAUAAAGGUGCUGGAAACGGAGCCGAAACCCGUGGGACCGGACGACUUUUGUCGCCUGUGCCUCGAGGCCAACCCCGAGUUGAUAUCGCUCAUGAGCCACAUUGGUGAGAAUUCGGUUCCGAAGAUGUUCGUCUUCCUGACCGGGCUGGAGAUCGACUUUGACGACGACUACCCGAAGGUGGCCUGCACGACGUGCUUCACCCGGCUCGAGCAAGCCUACCGUACGCGGAAGGACUUUUUGGACUGCUUCUCCACGCUGAUUAGCAUGACCGUGGAACCGGAUCCGACCGGCGGGGAUAAAGAUUUGCUUGAGGAAUGUGCCUUUACGAAUGAAAUAAUUUUGAAAGAGGAGAUUAUUUCCGAAGCGAGCGAUGUAGAGAUCGUACCAGAAGUCAGAAAGAGGGGCAGGCCAAAGGGAACAGCGGCUCUUAAGACAGUUAAAGUUACGGGGAAGAAAAUGAAGCCCACAAAUGUUGAUCCUUCGACCGAGACAGACGAUGUGGAUAGCAACGAGGAAGGUCGAUCGAAGAAGAAAAAACGAAGGGGAACGGAAACCAAGGAGCAGCAAAUCGCCCGUCGUAAGUUCUCUAGCAUGGACCCCAACAAAUGCUACAUCUGCCAGGAGGUGUUUGAGAGUAUUCGCGAGCUUAACGUUCACCUUCCACAGCACAUGGACAUGCUCCCAUACACGUGCGAGCUGUGCCUCAACGGAAAUGGUCCCCAGAAGGAGAAAAUAGCCUCCCUGGUUUUGCUGCACCGCCACGUCCGGAUGCACUCCGGAAACGUUCCGUGUCCAAAGUGUCCGUACAAGCUGUUUGGCAUAAAUCGAAUGUACAACCACGUGAAGCAUAGCCACAGGGACGGAGGCAAAGAGUACAUCUGCGAAACGUGCGGCUCUAAAUUACCCAACAAGAACGCCUUCGGAGCGCACAUGUUGCGCCACAAAUACAUCGAGGAAGGUCGCUACACGUGCGAAAUUUGUGGCGCCAAGUUCGGAAACAAUCCCCGUCUGGAACGGCACAUGCUCGGCCACAAGGACAAGGAGUUCCAGUGCCAGUACUGUGACAAACAUUACCCCAGCAAAACUCUGCUGCUGACUCACGAACGCGAGCACGCCGGAAAAGCCCUGUUCAUCUGCGUGACCUGCGAAGAGCAAUUCCCCUCCCGCGAGAAACGUUUCCAUCACAUUAACGAAGCCCACCCGGAAGUAGCGAAAGCAAACCGCGAAAAUGACAAGCUUCACUACGGAAAGAAGAACCCGGGUUCGGGUCGGAAGCGUAAAUUCGAAAAACCAGACAGCUUUCCGUGCGACUUUGAGGGCUGCGACUAUGUGGGCCGCACCUACGGCAAUCUACACUACCACAAGCAGAAGCACCGGUUGCGGUUCGUUUGCCAAUGGUGCCCGAAGAGAUUCCCUACGAAGCAACUGUGCACCGUGCACGAGGUCGUUCACACCGGCGAGAAAUCGUUCAUGUGUGACCAGUGCGACAAAUGUUACACGCAAAUAAACUGCCUAAGGCGACACCAGAUAACGCACGUGGAGAAUGCGCCCAAACCGUACGUGUGUUUCGAUUGCGGCGAAGCGUUCACGACCAAGCCCAGGCUGGACAACCACGCGCUCAGACACUCGGAACCGCAGCAUCAGUGCGAAAUCUGCCAGCGUUCGUUCCGCUACAAGGGCGAUUGGACGCGGCACAUGAAGCAGCAUGAGGAGGGCAAGCUGGUUGGUCAGGUUGCAAAAAUUGAGGAGGUUUGCUAGUUUGAUAUGUGUUUUGUAGGAUUCUUAUUUUGUAUUGUGUUUUUUUUAUCAAAGUUUGAAAUGUAAGAUUGGAGCUUAAAAAUAUAUUGCAGAUUAUCACACCAAAA